CGUACUGGCGGGGACUGUACGUAACCCGAGCGCUGGUCCGGUUAGCAUCUCCGUUAUGCCUGUCGCUCAGUUCGCGUCUAUAGCUCGCUGUGGACCCACGUGAAGUUGUGUGUGGUGUUGUGUGGCGGCUGAACACGUGCAACAUGUGGACACAGGCAUGAAGGAGGACAACCUGUGGUACUUGCCCUGGGUGGUUCGCCCUGAUUUGUUGCAUGGAACGCAGUACUUCGUAUCAUCAUCUCUCGGCGUCAUCAGGAGGCGCCGUCGUGCACCCCUGCCCACUUCUCUUUCUGUUCAACGUUGCGGCUGUCAACAUCAACCGGAAAUCGAACGUAGGCCCUCGGAACUUCCUUCUCUUCAUCAUAAUCCUCACCACGUCAGAUGGCGUCCCUGCGAUGGCAGCUCAGCUCGACAUCAUGAUGCAGGUUACCGAGGACCCUCCGGACCCCGCAAAAGGGCAGUUUCGAGCAAUGGACCACGUCACGGAUCCUCCAACAUAUACCACGGUUCCGAUAACGGCCUCGACGUAGAUGUCCCAGACUUCUGCUGUCAGUCGGUGCUCUCCUUACCGUAUCUUCUCACCCAGAGCCACGAGGCGCCAGAUCGCAGAUACCAUCGUCUUUACUCUCGCGACGAGAAGAGAGUUGCAGCCAAGAAUGUUUCCACUAACAUCACGCUUCGACGCCAGAAGGCCUUCAAGAACGAGAUCACCUCAGCAGCGAUUGCUCGUUCUGGCUUGGGGCUGAAGACGUGUCCCAAAGUUACUCCUGCGACCACGAGGAGACGAGGCAGCGCUAGUAGCGCCGCAGCUGGCUCACGUGAUAUCUCGCCUUCUGGUAAUGGCGGUAGCACACCAGUAGCAGCAUCUGGACAACAUGGCGGCGGCAGCAGCAGCAGCGGUAACAAUACACCAUGGGCCACGUCACAGCUGCCUCACGAGUGGCGGCGCCUCGUUGGCUCCAUCAGGCGUCGGGUGCGGGGCAAAACUCCCUCCACCGCUGCUGCAGCUGCCGCCCCCAGUAGCGAGAAGAUGUCAGCCUUCAUGACGUCAUCAGACCCGGCGGUCCGCGAUGAUUUCCUGCGGGCCACCAUGAGAAUCUUCCUGGUAGUGUCGCCCCCAAUGGGGCGCCUGCAAGUGACACACAGG